UCUUAAGGGGUCAGUGUGAUAUUUUUCUAACUUCAAUCAUUUUCUUUUUUACUCUAGAGAAUCUCCGGUUUUCUAGAAACCCGAAAUAUUCUGGAUUGUUCGAUACGGUCCGCUACUACGUUCUCUGGACGCAAAAGAUUUUCCGAUCGGCAACCGGAGGCGGCAGAGAAUUUCAAUUGCCGUCGUUUAGCCGAACUGGUGCAACGCAUGGAGCGUAGUUAGGUGUUAUAAAGUUCAAUUCCCUUUGCCUAUCUAGGUGGUUCAAUCAUCAAUGGAUCGUUCCUAUCAAGUUAAUCAUAGUUGUGCCCUAAAUCCUCCCAAAGACGGCCUCCCUAGCACCCAGUCUUCUAAUGAUGCACUUAGGCAGAUGGGAUCUGAAGGGAAAAUGGGAGCAGUUCAUGAAGAAAUGAAGAGAGUGAGUAGACUUCCACCAAGCAGUACAUAUGCAACUCAUCGGAUGCGCGUCCUUAACAAAAUCCUGCAACUUCUGUCCAUUCAGAGAACCACUUCACAGGAUGAGGAGUUGGAAUUGCUGUUUUCUGGGCUCUCUCUUGGAUGAUAAGAAGCGAAGGUCAUAUUUUCAGCCGUUGGUUUAUUAGAUACGCAGUGGAUCAUUUAUGUUGCUCACUUCGUCUUUGGUCUUCAGCUGCAUCUUCGCAAACCGUUUCUUUUUGAUGUAGAGAUGAUGUUCUGAAUAUUAAAUAAGUUAUACUUGUUAUAUAAUAGGUCUAGAAUUAAACCUGUUAUCUCAAUUAUGUGGUGGAUAAUCUUGCUGUCAAAGUUAGUUGAUUUCACCUUGAACUCUUGCAUUCCAGGUGAAUCAAUGCUCCAUUCUGGCUCUUCAUGAGUACAAUCUUUUGAUGACGUUUUAGCUAAAGGAUCCUUCAAUUUACAGAUUUUUGUUUUGGCUCGCGUUGA